UGUCGGCACUAUUCAGUGACUUCCAUCCUCUUCCAUCAUGUAUCGUAUUGUGCUUAUUGUCGCCUGCAGCUCCGUUUUGGCUUUGGCCGCCGAAGAUGAUUGUAAACAGUUAGCUCAUCCUAAAUAUAUGAGAUGCUGCAAGACACCACCUCCGAUUAAAGAAGAAGAAAGAGAAGACAUGAAGGAAUGUUUUAAGUUAAUGCGCAAACCUCCAUCGUGCGAAGCAGCCGUGUGUCUUGCUAAAAAACAAGGGUAUGCUGCCAAUGAAGAUGGUAAAUUUGACAAGGAGAAGCUGGCAAAUACUCUUCAAGUUUCGCAUAGUGAAGACCCAGUAUUAUUGAAAAAUGUUAUGGACAAAUGUGUCAAUGGAGAUCUGACAGCGUAUGGCCCACCCGACUUCUGUGAUCUGAUCAAAUUGAAACAUUGCAUUAGUAUGCAGAUACUUUUGGGUUGCUCUGACUUUGAAAUUGACGGAAAGUGCAGCGGAGUGAAGGACCUGGUGGACAAAUGCAAGGUUUAGUGAAAUGUGUUUUCUACUUAAAACUCAAAUAUUAAGCAACAACUUAUAAACAAUGUGGAAACCAUUUUGAUUAUUAUGUAAUAAUUAUAAGAUGCA